AAGAAGAAAAAGAAGAAGAAGAAGCAGCAUCUGGAGGGGGAUUGAGUUUUUGUUCUGUUCUGAUUGGCAAUGCACUUACGAACAAUUAAAUAAUCUGGAAUUUAUUUGUAUGACAGAUAUGCACCGCUACACUGCAAGCAGGUUUGUUGAGCGGUACUGGCAGCGUUCAGUCUGCGGUGUGAGCUCUGUUGCAGGGAAGAGGAGAGCCCUGCCGAGUGCCUUCCCUGUGCUGGACCUGCCCCUUCUGCCCAUCCACAAACACAUUUAUGAAGCAAACCUCAGAAAUAGCAACGCCUGGUGUAAGAAGUACACAGAGUUUAGUGAGAAGGUGAUGGAAGGGGGAGGAGAGAAGGCCAUAGCCAGACACACUCAGAGAAACAGGAAGUUGCUGAUCAGAGACAGGCUUCGCCUCCUAUUGGAUGACGAGGACUUUCUGGAGCUGUCACCAUUUGCUGGUUUGGGUCUUCCGUACGGGGACAUACCUUCAGCCGGCAGUAUAACUGGCAUCGGCAGGAUCAAUGGCCUGUGGUGUGUGUUUGCUGCCAGCGACGCUACGGUGAAAGGAGGCACAUCGUAUCCUAUCACGGUAAAGAAGAAUCUCCGAGCGCAGGAAAUAGCAAUCAAAAAUCGCUUGCCUUGUGUGUACCUGGUCGACUCCGCUGGAGCGUUCCUGCCACUGCAGUCAGAGAUUUUUCCUGAUAAGAAUCACGGAGGAAGGACGUUUUACAAUGAAGCCAUCAUGUCUGCCAUGAAGAUCCCCCAGGUAGCUGUUGUGUGCGGGUCAUGCACGGCGGGUGGAGCUUACAUGCCCACUAUGGCGGAGGAAGCUGUAAUGGUGCACAGAAUAGGAACCAUAUUCCUGGGCGGACCGCCACUUGUGAAAGCGGCUACUGGAGAGGAGGUGACGCCAGAGGACCUGGGAGGGGCCAGGCUCCAUGCUGAAGUGAGUGGCUGCGUGGAUCACUUUGCCUGGGAGGAGAAGGAGGCUUUUGAUUACACUAGAAACAUUAUAUCAACCCUCAACUUCCUGCUGCCUGAGGAAGAGGAGGAGACAAAGAAGAGGAAUGCAGAGGAGGAGCCACUGCACAGUCUGGAAGAGCUUUUAGGACUCGCCCCUAAGAGUUACAACUACAGCCUGGAUGUUAAGAUGGUAGUCAGUCGACUGGUAGAUGGGAGCCGCUUUCUGGAAUUUAAAGCUCGCUAUGGAACCUCACUCGUCACUGGCUUUGCAAAGAUACAUGGUCACCUAGUUGGAAUUUUAGCGAAUGAUGGACAGCUGUCAUAUGAGGCCACACUGAAAGGAAGCCAUUUUGUCCAGUUGUGCAACCAGAGAGACGUCCCACUCCUCUUCCUCCAGAACACGGCACCCACUGCAGCACUGACGCUGUCCACAAAACAGGCAGAGAUGAACAGUAACCAUCUAAAAGCUCAGGGUUCAAUGAUGUCAGCAGUAGCAUCCGCCUCUGUCCCCAAGAUCACUGUGGUGAUUGGUGGUUGCCAUGGUGCAGACAGCUAUGCUAUGUGUGGCCGAGCAUUUGAUCCUAAUUUCUUGUUCCUGUGGCCCAAUGCCAAAGUUUCCAUUGCCCCUCCGGGUCACAUUGGCUCCCUGCUUCCCCUUGAUGGUGAGCAAGAAGAAGAGCAGAAGAAGCAGGAAGAGGAACUAAACAGGAUGUUGGUGGAAGAGAGUUCAGCUUUCUUCUCCUCCAGCAGGAUGUGGGAUGAUGGAGUCAUUCUGCCGCAGAACACCCGGAAGGUUCUUAGAGACGUUUUGGACAUCAUCAAACAGCAGCGGUAUCAGCUGUCUACAGAGACUCUGCAAUCGAUACCUCUGCGUAUGUAGAGGCUUCUGUCCCCGUCAAACAUCAGAUUUAACUGCUCCUGUUGGACUCACAACAAUCCCGUUUUCACUUGUAAUGGAAGAAGCUUCUCUGUAAAUUUGUUGAGGUCUCCACGACAAAUAUGUAAUCAAUCCUGUGUCCUGUAAAUGUAGGUGCUAGGUCAAACCACUCUGGAGAGAGGGAUUUAAAUCCUGCACAGUUCCUCAUCAGGGGUCCGUUCUUCGUACCUCGCU